GUUGUUUUGAAUGCAGCAUACAUUGCGAUCCCUCUUCAAAAUGGAGCGAGUUUAUACACUUUCGUUGUGACGUCAUGUGCUAAUCGAUCAGAAGGUUUUGGACAAGGCCGGGGCUGGUGCAGUUAAAUAUGUGGUAUUCGUAAUAAUGUAUUUUAGUUGUGUCUAGCUAUGUGUCAACUCUGACAAAUCUUUGCGUCGGGUGAAAUUUAUUUAGGCCUAGCUCUACCUAUUUCCUGCUCAAGUCACAUGAUUGAAUACACCAACCGUGCAGCAGGACUUCGUGAGAUCUGUCUGGCUAGUCUCUACGAAACGGGAGUGUUGACAAGCAGAAGGGUUUGUUUCUCUGAAGAUAUUAUUGUCGUAAAACUUCCACGUGACCGAGGACAGAGGGAUUUAGUAUUUUUGUUGUUGAGUGGACCACACAGGCCUGUCUUUUUAAAGCUGUUCAUCUGUCAAUGCCAGGGUAGCAGCCACAUUGAGGUUUCAGUCUCACAUGGGCAAGAUGGACCGAUCAUAACAAUUACUUCAAAGGUGCAGAUUUGAUUUCGUAAUGACAAGCUGCUGUGCAGAAGAUGACCACACUGUCUGCGACUGAUAUCAUAGAUGUUGGUCAUGGUGAGGUGUUUGACGGGGACCCAGAGCUGCAGCUGGACAUCCUCUGCAGUGGUGACGACCGCAGCAGUGCAGAAAUGAAGCAUGAGGGCAACCUCCUCCCCCUGGAACCACCUGACCAUGCAGGGUUUUCCAGCUCCCCCCAGAAAAGGCCUUCCUCACUAGCUGAGGAGAGCAGCCCAUUGCCCAUGGAGCCCAGUGACAUCAAGGCCGACCCCGCCGGCAGCAUGCCUGCCAACACAGAGGGCCAGCCGGUGAAGAGGAAGAAGGGUCCAGCCCCCAAGAUGCUGGGAAACGAGGUGUGCAGCGUGUGCGGGGACAAGGCCUCAGGCUUCCACUACAAUGUGCUGAGCUGUGAGGGCUGCAAGGGCUUCUUCCGCCGCAGCGUCAUCAAGAGCGCCCAGUAUUCGUGCAAGAACAACGGCCGCUGUGAGAUGGACAUGUACAUGCGCCGCAAGUGCCAGCAGUGCCGGCUGCGCAAGUGCCGUGAAGCAGGCAUGCUGGAGCAAUGCGUUCUCUCAGAGGAGCAGAUCCGAGUGAAAAAGAUGAAGAAGAACGAGGAAGAGACUGCACGCACGUCUGCCGUGGUGACCCCCACCCCGGUGCCAGAGGUGGUCCCGCUGGCGCCCGAGCAGUUGGACAUGAUCGAGAAGCUGGUGGCCAUGCAGAAGCAGUGCAACAAGCGCUCGUUCAUCGACCGCCCCAAAGUCACGCCGUGGCCCCAGAGUCAGGACCCUCAGAACAGGGAGGUGCGGCAGCAGCGCUUUGCCCACUUCACUGAGCUGGCCAUCAUGUCGGUCCAGGAGAUAGUGGACUUUGCCAAGCAGUUGCCUGGCUUCCUAGAGCUCACCAGAGAGGACCAGAUUGCCCUGCUGAAGACCUCAACCAUUGAGAUCAUGCUGCUGGAGACAUCGCGGAGAUACAACCCUGCCAUUGAGAGCAUCACGUUCCUAAAGGACUUCAGUUAUAACAAGGAGGAUUUUGCCAAAGCAGGGCUGCAGUUGGAGUUUAUCAACCCCAUAUUUGAGUUUUCCAAGGGCAUGAACGACCUGCACCUGGACGAGGCGGAGUAUGCUUUGCUCAUCGCCAUUAACAUCUUCUCUGCAGGUCAGAGGUCAAGUGACCGGCCCAAUGUGCAGGACCAUGAACUGGUGGAGCGGCUGCAGCAGCCGUAUGUGGACGCACUUCGUUCUUACAUCAUGAUAAAGAGACCAAACGAUCACCUGAUGUUUCCACGCAUGCUCAUGAAGCUGGUCAGCCUCCGCACCCUCAGCAGCGUCCACUCUGAGCAGGUCUUCGCCCUGCGCCUCCAGGACAAGAAGCUCCCGCCGCUGCUGUCUGAAAUCUGGGACGUCCACGAGUGACUCGGCUGACGCCCUCACGGAACUCUGCUGCGCUUCGCAAACGUGUGUACUUGGAUGGACAUUGGAUCUGUCUUUCAAGUGUCGAAAAAAAGACUUGAGAAUGAAGCGAUGCCUCCAAGGCUACCCAAACACGACGAAUCAAACCUAUAGAUUGGUUGCCAGAUUGGAGGAAUUUAUUUUUUAUUCUAUUUUUUUUUAUGUCUUCUGUGUGGUUUUGCAGGAUAUUGAUAGCCCUCUGUCCUGCAGACUGGGACACUAAUCUCAUGGGGGAGGUUGGGGCACAGAAAUGGAAUGAAUAUAAUUGGUAUUUCUAUGGGUUGAGGAUUGUGCACACCUGAUUUCUGUCCCUUGCCCAUUCCGUUGUAUUAAAGGUGAGACGGCUUGUGGUGAGAUUGUGCUGCCAUGGUCAGUUUGGCUCAGACUUGCUAGCCAGUGUUAACCAUUUAAAUCUGUUAUCUGUUGAUAGUCAGUCUUGUGAUAGACAUAUCUUUAAUGACAAUUGCCAUGAAGAUUCAAUUGCCAAGAAGCUCCACUCUCAGAUCCACAUCAUCGACGAUAACCCCAUAGUGAAAAUAAAUGGAAAAAUACAUGUUAUAGCCCUGUGUUGCAAUGGGAUAGGAUAGAGGUAUUUUAACUGCUGCCCAAUGUUAAGAAAUGUCUUAUUGGUGUCCUGUCCAGAUGUAUAUUAUUACCUGCUUGAUACUGUUGCGAUUUUAGCAAUUGAAUAUUCAGCCAUCUGAUUUGUUCUCCUCUCGGGGAAGGAACAGGAAAGCAAUUCUGAUUGAAUUGUUUAAGGUAAAGUGAUUGGAAGUGUUGGUAUCGUCUACCACUUUCAAGCGCAGGGCCCCCACCAACCGUUUGUAAAUGCACUCAAACAUUGAUUUACAUGUACAAAGUAUAUAUUACUAUGACAAAAUAUAUAUAUUUAGUAUGCCCACAAGUGAAGACAUCCAUACAAAACGACUGUACAAUCAACACUCUAACGCACAAGCUAGCAGUGAUUUAUUUUUAAGCAUGACUGGGUAUGUCACAGACAAGCUGAGACCUUAUACACUGGAACAACUUCAAUGCUACGCUAAGCUUAGGCUAUAGGUGGGGGCACAAAAAAACUGAACUCAUCAUGCAGUGGGUCUGCUUACCCACAAUCUGCCCCGCCUACCUUGCGAGCAAAACAUUUUAGUGCUCCUCCCUCAUGACGGUGAAGAGAACACAUUUUAGUUUUAAAGUUAAUUUCCUGCAAUUCUACACUUUUUGCCAUAGGGCGGAGGCAAAUGUUUGCAGUUUUUAAUAUGGUAACUGAUUAUCAACCGGUCGGUCAUUCGACCACGCUUUCUACAAGUUUGGUAAUUAAGCUGACCUGGGCUAAUUGACUGCUGAUGCACUUUGUCUUUUAUUGUAACUCACAACAGUAAGUUGAGACCCCAUCCCUGGUCUAGUCAUAUGUACUGUCCUCCCCUCCACCAAAUCAGCAUGAUUCAAGACAUCUGAGUGGAAACUUUGUCUAAAAUGUGCUUUGCAUCCCACAAUAGUUGGAAUAUCAAAACAAUUAAAAUUGUGCUCCUUGUGUGGGCAGUACUUUCUUCAACGGUAACAUUUGUGGGUUACUCUUUAUAACUUCAAUGAAUAAACCAUUGUAAAUGUUUUAAACGCUUAUAUACAUCUGACUGUCUACUAAUAAUGAAAUACUUAGUUUUAAACUAUUUAUAUAUGGUUAUUCGUGAAUGUUAUUAGUCUUACCCAUUUGAUUACUAAUAAGGCCAUUAUAACGUUUCACUCAACUAAGCUCUGUUAUUCAUCUUUUUUUUCAUGUUUCUAUCACAGUCCUUUUGUAUGAUGACGACUUCUCUAAUGUGACACUUUUAUUAAACAAACGUUCAGAAGGAAUUAGAGAAGGAAAGCUUUUUUUUUUGUUUUGCGAUUUCUGAGUGACAGUUUUGUCCAUUCCUUACCUUACAACUCAAAUCAGUGAAAUAGAGAGAGGAGAGUUGAGGACUCUGAGACAAAAUGGGGUGAUUUAUCAUAAGUUGCACAAUAUGUCAAAGUAGCACAGAGAUAAAGGAGGUAAGAUAUAUUGGGGCAUAAGGUUUUCACACACUUCUACACUCUUCAAAGGGUUUGCUCUUCCCUGGGCAUGUGUGUGUGUGUGUGUGUGUGUGUGUGGAGCCAUCUAUUUUCAAUUACUCUUGAGACUCAAAUGUCAACCAUACAAUCAGUUUUUCUUAUUUUUCCCUUCAAUAUGUGACUCAUACCAGUGAAUGAUUGUCUGCAUUGAAAUGACAUUAUUUCAGUAUUUUCAAUAUUAAUAGAAAACUAAGCAUUAACACAAGGUAUGCGAUUUAAUGGUAUGGAGUCUUAGGUCUAAAUUAUGUUUUCAGUUGUUUGGAAUACACAAUGUUCCUUGAAAUUAUUGUUAAUACUGUUUAACUGAAAGUUGAUUGUAAUAGAAUUUACGACAUUCUGGUGUGCAGAACUCAUUUCAUUCCCUUCUCUACAUCUUAAAAGGGUGAAGCUGUAAACAAUAUUGUCAUAAAUGCAAACUUAUUUCAAUGUUUUUUUUAACACUUUAGGACCUUCUAUUCUUUUAUAUGUAUAAAUUAAAACAAAAAUAUUGUAGCCUAUUUCCAGAUAAUGUUUCCGAAACAUUUUCCCGAUUUUUGUUUUAUUACAAUUUCAAAGUGAUUUAAGCCCAUACGACAUUAAUAAAUUGUAAUUGUUCCUA